GUUAUGUUGUAGAUGGAUAAGAAGACCAAGGCUGUAAUUUGCGCUGCUGCUGCACACAUGUUGUUAUCAAUGGUGGCCGUGAUUAUUCAGUCUAGAAAACGUAAACGGGGUGAAAGGACUGCUGGUAUUACCUAUGGGCCUAUGGAGGAAAGGGAUAGGAUGAGAAUAGAAUACCUAAACAAUAAAAUUUGGAGGGAUGACACAGUUUGUGUGAACAUGUUAAGAUUUAAUAGAGACAAAUUCUUUCGGUUGUGCAGUCUUUUUAGAGAUCGUGGUUUGCUUAAAGAUACCAUUCACGUGUGUGUUGAGCAACAAGUGGGCAUGUUUCUAAAUACAGUGGGACACAACCUUAGGAAUAGGUUAGUUGGAACUAAUUUUGAUAGAUCGGGAGAAACAGUUAGCCGUUAUUUCAACAAAGUACUCCAUGCUAUUGGUCAGUUACGGGGGGAAUUAAUUAAACCCCCAUCCUUGGACACUCCAAGCAAAAUUGCAGGGAACUACAGAUGGGAUCCAUACUUUAAGGAUUGUAUUGGAGCAAUUGAUGGUACACAUGUAAGAGCAUCUGUUCCUAAGUAUAUUGAGAAUUCAUUUCGUGGUAGGAAGUCUCAUGCCACACAAAAUAUUAUGGCAGCCGUUGAUUUUGAUCUACGAUUCACUUAUGUCUUGGCUGGUUGGGAGGGGGCAGCACACGAUGCUCUAGUUUUACGAGAUGCUUUAGAAUGCGAGAAUGGUCUUCGUGUUCCACAAGGCAAUGGAUGCAGCUGA